GAAAACCACCUGGGUUCAAAUCGAAUGAAGGCAUUAGCUAGAUCAUAUAUCUGGUGGCCGAGUUUGGACAUGACUUUGGAAGAAUUGUGCAUGAAAUUUGCCAAAGUCAGAGGAAUAAACCGCCUGCUGGUGUUCCUCAUCCAUGGAUGUAUCCCACAGCACCUUGGGAGAGAGUUCACGCAGAUUUCGCGGAGUUGGAAGGUCAACAUUUUCUUAUUAUGAUUGAGACUUAUUCGAAAUGGCUGGAGGUGCUUGAAAUGGGCACUAGUACAACGGCUAGUAGGACAAUAGAGGUGAUGAGGCGAGUUGUCAGUUUUUAUGGCAUUCCAAGACGAUUGGUGACAGAUAAUGAUCCACAAUUCAGGUCAGUAGAAUUUCAGGAGUUCAUGAAAGGAAAUGGUGCCAAACACCAACUCACCCCUCUGUAUCACUCAUCGAGUAACGGACAAGCAGAACAAGCAGUUCAAAUCUUCAAGAGAUCUAUGGAGGCACGACCUAAAGGACGUACUAUUCGACAUCAAAUAUCUGUACUACUGCUGCAGUAUAGGUCGACUCCAAAUACCUCAACAGGAAAAACGCCAUCCGAAUUGCUAGUGAAGAGAGUCUUACGAACAAGACUAAGCCUUGUUAAACCUACAGUUGGAGGAGAGAUUCGAGACAGACAGGAGAGCCAAACAGAAGCAGCAUCCAGAAAUCGUGAGAUGUUACCUGGAGAAUCAGUGGCAGUAUGGAACCCAAGACAAGAUAGUCGGGGAUGAUGGCUCUCUGGAACAAUAGUUCAGAAACUGGGACCGAGCAACUAUCUUGUAAACGUGAAUGGUCAGGCUAGGUAUGUUCAUGUAGACCAUAUAUUACAUCGUGAUAUCAGAAGUUUUCCACAGGAUGUACAUCAGGAGCAAGCUUCCAAUAGUCGUGGUAGUACAGCGACUAUGAUUCCAUCACAAGCUGGAAGCUAUUCCGAAGUCAGUGCUGGGAAGACAAUCUCAUCAACAGACUCUACCAGGGAAGACUCGGUACCAACUACUCCUAGGCACCCAGAGUUAAUUGACAGAGACACAGUCGAAACAGACUGAUAACACGUCAACAAAGAAACUGAUUGAAAAGUCCACGGAGAGAGAAAAUCGACGCUAUCCCACAAGGAACAAUAAAAGACCCCCAAGAGAUAUUGAGAGAUUUAGUGGAAGAGUGUAGUAGAGUAAGGGACUUGGGACUACCCCUAGUACUCAUUAGCAUACAGUAUGACACUUUAUAGUAGACUGUGGCAUGUAGUUAGCCAGUCUUGUGUAGUCUGUUGUAGUAUUGCGUAGACACUGUAAGGGAGCUGCAAUAGAACCAAUAGAUAGUCGGUAACGACACAACAAUACUAAAACUAGUGAUUGCUAAACAGACACAUGAACCACCUUGUAUAAUUAGUAAGUCAAUUAUGAUUUAUAUCAGGUAGUUGAACUUUCAGUGACCUCUGAAUGAUAAUGUAGGCACUACUGCUGAUAGUAAGUCUUCGCUUUAUUGUUUGCUAGCUUCCAUCCGG